AUGGAUGCUCCUACCGCUAGAGAGGAAGUCGUGGUGACAGUGGAUGACAUCGAACGUCUUGGUUGUUCCAAUAUGAACGGGAGUGCGAAGAGUUACUGUAACGCCGGGGCCGACCUGGAACAGACACUCAAGGAAAACCGGAUGGCUUACCUCAGGCUGCGUCUAUUGCCGAGGAUACUUCGGGACGUUUCCCGGCGCCGAUUAGAGGCAACCCUGCUAGGGGACCAGAAAGUGUCAAUGCCGGUUGGCGUCUCGCCGUCAGCCCUCCAUAAGCUGUGGCAUCCGGACGGGGAGAUCGCCACCGCUAGAACGGCGCAGGCAGAGCAGGCUCUAAUGGUACUGAGCACCUACAGCAGCACUUCUAUGGAGGUUGUGAAGAGGGAAGUGCCAGACGGCCUCUUCUGGUUCCAAGUACAGUUCGCCGUUGACCGAGACCUCACGAGGAGCCUGGUGAGACGCGCCGAACGAUCUGGCUACCGGGCACUCGUGGUCACCGUGGAUUCUCCCGUGCUUGGAAAGAAAAUCGACGCAGUAAUGCGGCGUUUCUAUAUGCAUGACGGAAUCAGAUUCGGGAACCUCGAAGCAAGCCCGGAAAACAAAUCUGCCAACGCGAAAGCGAUGGUGUCCGUGAGAGACGCCCACGUCGACCCCUCGCAGUCUUGGGAUGACAUCACCUGGUUAAAGAGUAUCACCAGUCUACCUUUGGUGCUCGAAGGAAUCACUAAUACUGAAGACGCGGAGGAAGCCAUCAGUCGCGGCGCUUCAGCGAUCUUCGUGUCAAACCACGGUGGUCGCCAGCUGGACGGGCUCCCAGCGACCAUCGAGGUCCUCCCAGAGGUCGUGAGUGCAGUCCGCGGACGCGUCGAAGUUUAUUUAGACGGCGGCGUCCGUCAUGGCACGGAUGUGAUCAAGGCGUUGGCACUCGGAGCCAAGGCUGCGUUCGUUGGACGUCCUACCAUCUGGGGGUUGGCGUACAACGGUGAAGCCGGAGUGAGGCAAAUGCUGGCGAUACUGAGGCGAGAGGUGGACCGAGAUCUUGCAUUAAUGGCCCUCGCCGAACGGAAGCUAGCAUCGACUAGGCCAAUUCGUUCCUGCUUCACCAGCCAAAUACGACAGAAGACCGAGGCCUUCGGGUACGAGGUGCUGGAUGCAAGGAGGCUCGGGAAAUCGCACUCAGCCGUCAUUGUCUUCGCGAGAAACAAGGUCCUAUUCGCGGUCAGUUUCAACUGGUUGGAGACGCCCUGUUUCAUUUAUAAGAAACCCAAGGCGGCGUGCCUCAACUGCGGCCAGAAGCUGUACUCAGCAACGAAGCGGGAAUUCGAAAGUCAAGGGGCCUCAAGCUGCUACCUCACGGUGAUACCUGUGAAAACGGGAGACCAAAGGGUGCACGUGGUGAAUAUCUAUGGCAACCCAAAAGACCAUAAAACGGACAUUCGGCGAGUCGUGUCUACGGCCGUGGAGGAAGCAGGAAGGGACCCGGUAGUUAUCGCCGGAGAGGCGCCUCACCCGGCAUGGGGGUAUCGAUUUGUCACACCCAGGAGAUUGGCAGAACUCAUCAACCGGGAGCGUCUCACGCUCCUCACGGACUCAGACCAGCCGCCGAGAACCGGUUCUAGCACAACCAGAGACACAUGCCCGGACUUGACGAUUGUCAAGAACACGGAAAGUGGAGGAAGCAAAGGUGUUCACAUCGAGAACACCGAGGAGUGGGCUAAAACAAUCUCGGACAGCAUCAAACCCUUCUCCACGGAGGUAGAGCGCACAGAUAAGAACCCAGACGUGGACAAGCACCUCCUACAUCUAUGUUAA